UGUAGAACUGUUGUGAGGGAAGGGUACAUCUUGUGCGUUAGUUGACGGGACUUGACUGACUUACCUUCUGCCGUUGAAGGAUCAAUUAUAAGAAUUGUUUUUCUCAGUGGGGUUUGUUGUUAAAAGAUAAACAAUCAGUUUACAGUAAACAACUCCGACACAGCGUACCGGCAACCUUUGGAGUGGAAAUAUCCGAUACAACAAAUCAGAUGGGAUGGACCGCGGACGACCAUCCGGUGCGGGCGGGCCAAAGGGCCUGGUGGCAGGAGUGAAAGCCGCCCUCAAACCUCGCUCCCAAACCGCCAAGUCCCAUUCGAGACCUCAGGUCGAGGAAGAGGACGAAGAAGCGCACAAGCAGUCCAGCAACGACUCAGCCACGAUGUCUUCGAAAAGCCACAGGUCGCCGAAGUCUCCCUUCGCUGGCUGGAAAAGGUCAAGGUCAAAGGAAAAGGCCAAGAAGGAUUCCACCAAGUCCAAGGAUCCCAAGGCCAAUCGACAUAAUCCCACGGGGCCCUGUUCAAAAUCUCAGGCAGAGAGACUGAGCGCUUACAUAUCCGACGACUAUUCCUCCUACGGUUCCGACGCCUCGGAAAUGCUCCGAGACAUCCAGACAGGACGUUACACCAGCUUCAGGAGCCACAGUGAAUCGCACGACCGCCGAGUCUCGAACAAAGUCAUGUGCGAGCAGCCUCUGACAGCUGAUCAACAAUGGCUAGUGGCAGAGCCCUACACCAGUGAAUCAGAGGACCCUUACAGCAAAGAGCUGGACUACUGUUUCGCAAACAGUAGGUACGUAAACCUUCCUACGGGCUGUUUUGGGGUCCCCUGUGCUGGAUUUCCUAAAAGUGGUACAAGUAAUUUUAAUGCCAGUAAAGAGAACAGUUUUGAAAGUGGUUUACGUUAUGGCAAUACCUUGAGGCCUUACAAUCAUGACAGCAAUGGUUUAAGUCCCAUCCAUUCAGUUCCCGUAAACAAUGAACAGAACCACGAUAAGAAAACGUAUGAUCUGGUCAGGGAGUGUGUGGAAAAAACAUAUCAGAAACCAAGUUUGGGUGUAACCACAGGUGUCACUUUUAAUCUUUGGGGAGGCAAUAAUCAACUGGAUAUGAUUGGAACAGAGGAUCAGAACUCUUCAGAAGGCUCUAGUUGUGCUGUUCGAGUAAGAGGAGAUGGAAGUGAAGCGCAAGAUGUUAUUUCCCCAGAAUUCAAAAUUGAAGAAGAAAUCAAAGUGGGAGGAGGUUCUUCACUUACAAUGGGGAGACAGUCAUGGUUGAAGUCUGCUUUAACUUAUAACUUAGAAGUGCCUGAAUUUCCUAGAAAUGAGGUUGUGGUAUUGGCCCUUGGUAUUGACCAAUAUAUUGAAGAGGUUUUCCGCUAUCUAGAUCAUUCUGGGGAGGGGAAAGUUCAUGUGGAAGACUUUAAAGCUCUGUGCAAUGUUUUAGGCUUGAAGGAUAAAGAUAAGGAAGAGCAGAAAUCGUAUUCGAAAAGGUGCCAGUGCAUGGGAUCAAAUCUAACUCUGAAUGGGUCAGCAAGCAAUCCUCAGAUGAAUGCUGACAGUUCAAGGGAGAAUGAAUGUCCGAUUCAUUUAUCAUUCACUGAAUUCCACAACAACCUUUGCGAGAGUUUCAUCAUGGGAGCAAAAACCGAAAGCAUUAUACCACUAGCAUCCAGAAGGCCCACCAAUCCAAAAUUGGUUACAUCAGUGGUGCAGGUUCAGAGGCGAUACGAUGUUUUGGACAAUAUUGCCAAAUGCCUCGAUGAAGUGAGUGCUGGACUCGACGCAGAUGAGAACAAGAUGAUUGCUGAAUGCCCUGCUGCUGGAGUUGUAUGCUGUAAGUGUCAACAGUCAGCACUGCAGCAGCAACACGUUGACAAAAAUUCCAACAUAGCUCUACAGCCAGUAGAUUCUGAGCAUGCAUUUCUGAAAAAACAAGUUCUCCUCCAGCAGCAGGAACUGCAGUGUUUAAGAGAAGUGAUAGAAGAUAUGCGUGUAGCACUCCAGAGCUCAGAUGCUGAAAACCUAGCACUUCAAGUCAAGACACUGAGGUCACACGGACCUUCGCUAGGCUCGUCAAUUCACGAUCUGUCCCUCACUGACGAAGAGGACACCAUUGAUGACCUAGUUAGGCAACUGACUGCUCUGAGCAAGCCUAUCAAGGCAGAUCAGUGUGAAGGUACAUCACCAAUAGCUUUAAGCAAAUUGAUUUCCUCUUCCUCCAAAGAGAGCCAAACAGAGGUCGAGGGUCCAAACACGACGGAGGAUCCUCUCAACACAGCAUUCAUCGCAGGGGAUUACUCUCUAGAAAAAGAGCUUCAGGCUACUUAUGAGGCACUCCAGGCAGCCAGAGAGGAGAGAGAAGCUACGCAGGCUGAUCUCCAAAGGGUUGUGGGGGACUUGCAAGAGCGCGAGAGAGACCUCCGGGGCGCUGAGCUGAGUCUGAAGGCAGCCCACACUGCCCUGGAAAAAGUUCAGUACGACAAUCAAGCCCUCGUUAUGGAGAUUGCCGAGACAAGGAGCCAUUUAGAGGAGACAAGGCAAAAACUUCUAGAAACUACAGAAAACCUCCAACAGGCCAGAGAAUCUAUCCUCCAAAAGGAGAAGCUUCUGAGGGACGCACACAUCAAACUGAAUAAGAUCAGGAACUCAAGAGAGCGUGUGGUCGAAUGUGUGUGUUCGGCGCGGAACCUGGUGGCGGGCAGCCUGGAUCAAGUGAGGGCAGGUGAACAGGCCCUCAAUUCCCUGGUGGCACUCUCGGCAUUCUCGCUCCAGCACGAGUCCUUCCCCUAUUCUAAACCACAAAGGUUGGACAGUUACUGUCGUGCUGACAGCGGCCUUUACAGCGAGGAAAGUGAAAGGGAGGAAGACUUCAGAAGGUCACCAGAGAGGUCUACUGGCCAUAACUCAGCCUCCGAGGACGACCUAUGGCUCCUAAAUAAAUCCAAAGAGAGCCUCAAGGAAUCUCUGCUGCACCACAACAAUCAAACCAGCGGUUCCUCCAGCAUCUCCUCGUGCAGCCCGAACUCCCUGUCGAGCCCAGCCUCCGAAUACGACAGCCCUGUCCCCCCGAGGGGGCAGACAUCGCCCAUGGUGAUCACAGACUUGGAGGAUUCGCCAGAAGUAGCCUCCAUCUCUCCAUGGCCUAAAACGCGUCCGAAUGGCUUGACGUCGAACUCGACUGAGAUCAUCGAGGGGUUGGAAAGAGAACUCAGAAACCUUCAGCUGACGCUGGACGAGGCAGAGUUGGAGUGGCAACAAGAGAAGACGUGCCCUCCUCAGAAGCCGACGGAGAAGAAAAUCAAAGAAGAAGAAACAGCCCUUCUGGAGAACGAGCUCCGAGAAGUGGAGGCCGAGAGAAUGAGGCUUGCCCUCAUCGAGGAGAAACUCAGGCAGCUCCUUCAAGUGCUGCUUUCCGUUGCGGAUUUGAACCUAUCGCGACGGACCCUAGGCCGACUCGUCCUCGAGGCGGUGGAGGACGCUGCCGGGGUUAAAUUGGGGAGAUGGGCUUCGGCACCAGCGCCAACGAAGACGGGAAGGUGUCGCCGUUGACCUUCUUGACGAACCUCCUCUCUUCCACUUCCAACUACCAGGUGCUCUCCACAGAGUCCCUCAUGCAGCUGGCCUUCCAAGGGCUCAGCUUCCCCCCUUGUAUCCCGGAACUGCCAGAGCCCAUCGAAGCGACGCUCGGAUGAGAGAGGUGCCACAGAACGAUGUCCUAUGACAGACCAAAUGCCCCACCCACCUCUGUUGCACUGAAAAGAUUAUUUUGGGGCAUGUUCCUUGGGAAAUGGGAAUCUUUACAACAGAUGUGCUUGCACAGAAGAAUAUUUAGAGACGAAAUCAACCAUUAACCAUAAAUACAGAGCAGAAUUAGGCAGUCCUUGAGAACAAUAAGAUGUCAUCAUCUGGAGCUGCCAAGUCCACAAACACAGAAUGCUGCACGUGUUCUCGACUUAAGAGGAAAAUAUAUACAAACUUGCAAAAUAUUCCGAGAAGAAUUUCAAGACUUUCAGAGGUAGUAAGUAAAUACACUAUUAUGAAAAUACUUUGAUAAUCAAAACAUAAACAUGAAGUAAACCACAAACUUACACAGUAUUUAAAAACAGGCCAGAAUUCCAGAAACAUGAAAAGUUUAAAAUUAAAUGAUUCUGUACAAGAGAUGAAAACAAUACAGUGAAGUAAACCGCUGAUAAAAAGCUAAAAAUUAAAAAUAUAUAAUGAUAAAUCUUCAACAAUUCAAACUGAGUUAAUACAAGACUUUCAUACUAUGCAAUAUAUCUUCAAGUAGAUCAGUAAGAACUAUGUUAGAAAUUACUAGAUAACUGGGAAUGCACAUCGACCUUUCAAAUAAUUCAAACAAGGCCAGAUGAUUCGUUUGAAGCACGAAACACCAGGCAACUGACACUGGGAAAGUGCAAUCACAAACUUGACCUAAUCUUGUCGAACAUUUACAGAUCUUGUACUUAAAACCACACGACAGCUUGUGAUAAUUUCAGACGCUGAAAAAACACCGAUCUACGGCUGGUAGGUUCUUAAAUCAAAUUAAAUUGAUCUCUAAUACAUGCAUAUUAUCUAAAUAAACAUAUAUUUAUUUUACUAUGAAGAUAACUGAGACGGGUAGUAUAAACCGGUGGAAAUCUGACUCGGUACCACACAUGACAAUUGAGAAGUGACCAACACCUACCGCUUAACAUUUACACAGAAUAUUUCUGCCUCUCCAAGAGAUGUAGUGCACAGUCGUUCACGGUGAAAUCUCAAACCUAUAUAAAUACCUCAUUUCUUUUUUAUUUCUGUCCAGUAUCCGUGCGAUAUUGUACAUGAACCACAGAAACUCCGAAGCUUAGUAGAGUCGACGUCAUCCUUGGAUGACGUACGAAUUUGAAAGGCUUCCUUGCUGCCUGUAUUCUCUAUCUAUAGACCUUCGCCUGGACACUGUAUCUCCAACUGUUAGAAUUCCAAGUCAAUCACAAAUUCAGCUCCUAUUUCCUCUAAGACACUUAUCCUCAAGAGAGAUUAAAUAGAUAAAUACUCGAUUCUCAGUAAAGGGUUCAGGAUGACACACACCUUGCCUUACAAGGGCAACUGGGCACGUGAGAGCGUUUUUGGCGAAAAACUGAAUUUGCUCUAGAAGUCCAUACCCUCUGAUCUUGAUCACUCCGUCAGGGUCAUUGUGGGUUGGCCUGGGUGAAAGGGGUUUGGGGGCAGGUGUGAUUAUAACAGUGAGAAACGGAUAUUGCACAAACCACAAAGGUAGGCAAGAAUGAAUUCUUCUUCUUUUUCUUCAGUGGUCUGAGUCUGUCAUAUGCACAGUGACAUAGUUAUCCCUGACAAUUACCAAAAAAACAGGUCAACCAAAGUGAUUCGAGCAUUAAACCAAUACGUGACGGGCAAAUGAGAGUGGAUGCCAUUUUCCAUUCACAAUUUGUCCUUAAUGAUGAUGAAUGAAUUGAGGAAAGGCUAAAAGAGACUAUUUAGAAACAGAGACCCGUCUGACAUUCUUGUAUAAAUUCCACGAUGAAUCACGUUUUCUUUUUGUUCGCUCACGAAAAAUGCACUUCUUCAGAGUCUGUCCUUUUUAUCUUUCUGCUUCCAUCAAAAUGUACAAGUCAUGCACCAGUCCUGCUAUCUCCUUCACCAAAUUAACUUCAUUUUCAUCAAUUUCGCAAAAGAGGUCAAAAACUCGAUUGACCAUUCUUUGUACAUAAUGUAAUUUAUAUUACAGUUGAACUGAAUUCUUUCAACUGGAAAUCGUUACUUCACAUUUCUUUGAAACUCGAGGGACACAAGUUCUCCAAUAGGUUUAUAUUCCUCAUAUGCUUCCAUAAUUAAGACUUUAUUAUCUUUGUAGUACUUAAAAGGUACAGAUUAAGUUCCAUUUAGGAUUUAUGGUUCUCAGUUUCAUUCAGCUCGUGCUAGUCCUACAAAAUUUCCAGUGUAGAUAUGUAAAGAUACAUUAAAGUAUUUCUAUCAGUA